AAUUUGGUCAUACUAUCAGCUGUUAAGUAACAAAACAACUCGCGUGCGGCUCAAUUAAGCUAAAAUUGUAUUCAUACUGUGAUUAUCAAUCAAAAUGUUACUGAAACAGUUGCCGCAAGCUGUGCAACAGCUGCGAUGCAUUUCGUCGGCCACGACGGCAGUCACCAGACUACAUCGCUCCGUUUAUUGCCGGCUCUAUCCCACGGUAGUAGUUCAACCUGAUGGAUCUACGAUAAACAUUCGCUACCAUGAGCCCAGAAAGAUUAUAAAGCUUCCCUUGGAUUUGAGCACUUUAACCGAUGCCGAGCGCAGAGCUCGUCUGGAAGCUCGUAAACCUCGCAAGAAGGUCAAGAUCAUGGAGGAAGUGGAGGACAAUUUCAAUGCCAAGAAGUACAUGAAGUACAUCAAGAAAAAGUAGCAUUUAAUUGUUUAAUAAAACACAGAAACUUGUUAUAUAAGCUUAAA